AUGGCUUCCGCAAGUGCAAACCCGGUGUUUAAGGAUGGAGGUAUUAGCAACAAACCACCUCUAUUCUCUGGCGAAUAUUCCGAUUUCUGGAAAAUCCGCAUGAAAGCACAUUUAGAAGCACAAGGAGAUGGUAUCUGGGAAACCGUUGAAAAUGGUCCGCAUAAUCCAACAAGUGUGAUCAAUGGUGUUGGCACCCCAAAGAUCAAAAGUUCGUAUGAUGAAGACGAUAAAAAGAAAAUACUUAAUGAGAAGAAGACCAUCAAUAUUCUUCAAAGUGCAUUAAGUAUGGGCGAGUUCUUACACAUAUCUCAAUGCAAAUCUGCGAAAGAAAUAUGGGAUACCAUGCCCAGAGAAUCCAUCGUUGCUUUACAGAAAAGAUUUGUUCACUUAACGAAUCACUUAAUUGCUCUGGGAAAGACCUUCACAAAUGAUGAUCUCAACCUUAAAGUGCUACGAUCCUUGACGAGAGAAUGGCAACCUAAAGUUACCACCAUAUCGGAGAAGAAAAGUCUUUCUAUAAUGACAUCCACAUCAUUAUUUGGAAAACUCCAAGAACAUGAACUUGAACUUGGACGACUUGAAAAGCAUGAAAAUCAGGAAAAGAAAUCCAAAGGAUUUGCUUUAAAAGUUGAAUCAAAGGAAGAAAAAGAUGAGGCCGCAUUGGAGGAAGAUGAAAACUUCAUGCUCCUUGUUAAAAGUCUUGGUAAGUUCUUUGGUAAAAAUGGCAAACCUUUUCAUCCAAAAAGAAAUAAACAUUUCAGGAAAAGGGAGGCUUCCACUUCCACACAAGAAGUUACAUGUUAUGAAUGUGGAAAGCAAGGUCAUAUAAAACCAGAUUGUCCGAGACUCUCAAAGAAAGGAGGCUUUAAAGGAAAGAAGGAGUUCAAGAACAAAAAGGUAUACGUUGCAUGGGAAGAUAAUGAGAUAAGUUCGUCAUCCAAAUCAGAAAGCGACGAAUGUGCAAACUUAGCAUUAAUGACGUCACACCAUUCCGACGCUGAAGAAGACGAGGUUAGUAGCAACUUUUCUCUUUUUGAUAGUGAUGCACAAGGUGCUAUAAAUGAACUGCUUGAAGAAUGCAAAAUUCUGUAUAAAACUAUAUCAUCUCAAAAGAAAACAAUUUUAUCAUUAGAAGGAAAUAUCGUGACAAUUGAAAAAGAUGUCAACGAUGAAAAACAAAAGAUGAUUAGUGAAAAACAGAACGUUGUAUGCAAAAACUAUGAGUCACUUUCAUUCAAUAUUGUCCAACUAAAAAUAGUUCUUGGAAGAUAUGAAAAAGGACAAAUUGGAUUGGAAGGAGUCCUUAGCCAACAAAGAUACUCAAACGAUAAAAGUGGUAUUGGUUACUCAAAAUUUUCAAAACCAAGUACAAGUAAAACCAUUUUUGUUAAGGCUAAGGAUCAACCAUCCAAAGAGAAAGUAAACAGUCCCAAAGUUGUUCAUCACUAUCCUAAAAAGAAAAGAUUUCCUAAAAAGAAAUCUUAUGUUCCUAGAUAUAGAAGCAACUUUGAACCUACCUGUUUUUAUUGCGGAAUAAUUGGCCAUACACCAAAUGCGUGCUAUGUUAGAAAUUUCAGCGUAGCAAGUGGGAAUUAUGUAUGGAAAAAUGAUGCAUUCAAGGCGUUCAAGAAAUAUGCGAAGCAAAUCCAAAAUAAGAAAUCGCUAACUAUUGCCUCCAUAAGAAGCGACCAUGGUGGAGAAUUCCAAAAUGCCUCCUUCGAAGAGUUCUGUGAAGAAAAUGGAAUAUUUCAUAAUUUCUCGGCACCAAGGACUCCUCAACAAAAUGGAGUGGUGGAGAGAAAGAAUAGGUCACUUGUGGAACUUGCACGAACAAUGCUAAGUGACUCAAAUCUUCCAAAGUACUUUUGGGAAGAUGCGGUAAGCACGAUAUGCUAUGUAAGUAAUAGAAUUAUCAUUAGACCUAUCUUGAAAAAGACUCCUUAUGAACUCUUCAAAGGAAGGAAACCCAACAUAUCUUACUUUCACAUCUUUGGAUGCAAAUGCUUUGUCCUCAACAAUGACAAAGACAAUCUAGGUAAGUUCGACGAAGGUAUAUUUCUUGGAUAUUCUCUUACUAGUAAAGCUUUUAGAAUAUAUAAUAAAAGAACUUUAAAAGUUGAAGAAACAAUGCAUGUUACUUUCGAAGAAUCUAACCCCUCCAAGGAGGAGAUUAUUUUGUGUGAUGAUGAUGAUGAUAUUGUAGAGGUUCCUCAAAUAGAUACUUCAAGUAGAAAUAAUGGUGAUCAACCAAAACAUCAAGACGAGCAAGAAGAAAAUGAUAAUGAUCUACCUAAGGAAUGGAGAACUCGUCGGGAUCAUCCAAUUGAUAAAGUCAUUGGUGAUAUCAGUCAAGGCGUUGCAACUAGAUUAAAUCUCAAAGAUGCAUGCUUAAAUAUGGCGUUUGUUUCACAAAUUGAACCUUCCAAGGUUGAUGAAGCCUUAAGUAACGACCAAUGGUUAAUUGCUAUGCAAGAAGAGUUAAACCAAUUCGAAAGGAAUCAAGUUUGGAAACUUGUCCCUAGGCCAAGUGAUAAACGCAUCAUAGGUACUAGAUGGGUGUUUAAGAACAAGCUUGAUGAGAAUGGUAUAAUUGUUCAAAACAAAGAAAGAUUGGUGGCCCAAGGAUACAAUCAAGAGGAAGGCAUUGAUUUUGAAGAAACAUUCGCUCCAAUUGCAAGGCUAGAAGGAUUUGAAAAGGGUAAAAUCGAAAAAACCCUGUUUAUUAAGAAGAUUAAAGGUAACACCUUAUUGGUUCAAGUCUACGUUGACGACAUCAUAUUCGGAUCAACAAACAAAGACAUGUGUGAAGAAUUUUCACCGAUGAUGCAAGGAGAAUUCGAGAUGUCCGUGAUGGAUAAAAUGAAUUAUUUUUUUGGACUUCAAAUUAAGCAACUGAAGGAUGGCAUCUUCAUCAAUCAAUCAAAGUACUGCAAAGAGUUGUUAAGAAGAUUCGACAUGGAUAAUUGCAAGGCAAUGUCUACUCCGAUGGGAUCCGGAACUUAUGUUGAUCAAGAUGAAUCAGGUGUUUCGAUUUAUAUAACAAAGUAUCGAGGUAUGAUUGGUUCCUUACUUUAUUUGACGACAAGUUGUCCUGAUAUUAUGUUCAGUGUGUGUCUUUGUGCUCAUUUUCAAGCAAAUCCAAAAGAAUCACAUAUCAUCGCUGUCAAAAGGAUCAUGAAGUAUCUCAAGGGAACAAAAAAUGUCAGCCUAUGGUAUCCUAAAGGUAGUAUUUGCAAAUUGGUUGGUUAUUCUGACGCUGACUAUGUAGGAUGUAAAACUGAUCGAAAAAGUACUAGUGGUACAUGUCACAUCCUUGGAAAUGCAUUAGUUUCAUGGGCUUGCAAGAAACAAACAUGUGUUUCUCUAAGCACUGCCGAAGCACAAUACAUAGCCGCGGGUAGCUUUUGUGCUCAAUAA